AGAUAACCACUUAUUUGAUGGUCGUGUUUUGACACUUGUCGUUCGAAUUAAUAUCACAUCUUAUUGUUUAGUCAUCUUGUUUAACAAAUAGAAGUUUCUUGUUUAGUCUCGAAAAUUUCGUCAUAAUUCUCCAAGUCUUUAAAUAGUUGAUUCAUAUACAGGAAGUUAAUAGUAUCAAUAUGGAGUUUCCGCAUCUUGGUCAACACUGUAACGGAUCCACCUGUAACCGCUUGGAUUUUCUGCCAUUUACUUGUGAUUCAUGUAAUAAAGUGUUUUGUUCGUCACACUUUAAUUAUGAUAAACAUUUGUGUAAGGGGCCACUUCGCAAGGAUAUGCAAGUGCCAAUAUGCCCCUUAUGUGGUGAACCAGUGCCCACGGCGCCUGGGGUCGAGCCUGAUCUAACGGUAGGUCGCCAUAUUGAUCAGCAGUGCAAGUCGGAUACAAAGAAAAUUUAUACAAAUCGGUGUAGCUACAAAAAUUGUAAAAAAAAGGAGCUUAUACCAUUCACUUGUACGGAAUGUAAAAUAAAUUAUUGUUUGCGCCAUCGGCACGCUUCAGAUCACGAGUGUAAAGGCACAUCCAGGACCAAUGUGGAUAAACGCGCUAUGGCCGCCACUGCGGCUGAAUAUCGACGUACAAACAAGCCAACUUCUUUAUUCAAUACGCAACCUAGACGUGAUCCAAUACCGACUGGAACACAAGUGCAAAAUAUUCAAGGAAAUAUGACCGAAGAUGAAGCGUUGGCUCGAGCACUCGCUCUGUCAAUUAUGGAGCUGGAUGAAAAUGCGGAUCGGGAACGGCGCAAUCAAGUUGCUGCAAAUGCGGCGGUGCAAUCUAAUGCGACAGUGCGUGUUGGUGGACGCGACGGUCAAUCUAAUGUUAAAGACAAAUGUUUGCUUUCGUAGUUUGCGUUAGUCAAAAAGGCUGCAAUCUUAAAAGAUUGAAAGUUUGAAAAUUUUGUGUAGAGUUUUAGUUUUUGUAUGAAUGAUUGCCAUAAAUGCUAUGAGCGUUUAAAUUUUAAUGUAUAUUUAAUGAAAGACAAGUUCACAAAGUAGCACUCAAUUAAAAUAGUUUUUAAGGAUGUAAAAGAUUAUCAUAAUAUGAAACACUUCAAAUAAAAUACAUCAAAAUAGUAUGUUUGUGUAGCCAAUGUUGAACUUGAUUUUAAUCGAAAUUUUAGUAAAUAAAUAGUCGUUCAUUUGCUGGUAAUA